AUGUCAGAUUACGAGGAAGCUUUCAACGACGGACCAGAACACUUUGAGGACUUCGACAACGAUCACUUCUCGGAUGCGGAAGUUUACGAUGCACCAGAGACAUUCAAAGAUGGCGAAACAAAGGACGAAAACGGGAAAACCAUCAUUGCAGGCGGAUUGAGCGCCGAUGACUUCCAGCAACAGCAGCAAGAAAGUAAUAGAAGAAGAACGCUGAGAGAGAAAGCCAUUCCAAAAGAUGAAAGAACCACGACUCCAUACAUGACGAAAUACGAGAGAGCUCGUAUUUUGGGAACCAGAGCUUUGCAAAUUUCGAUGAAUGCACCAGUCUUUGUCGAUCUUGAAGGUGAGACGGAUCCUUUGAGAAUUGCAAUGAAGGAAUUGGCUGAGAAAAAAAUCCCAUUGGUCAUCAGAAGAUACCUACCUGACGGUUCGUUCGAGGACUGGAGUGUGGAGGAGCUCAUCGUCGACCUAUGA